AUGCUGAUCCCUCUCAGCGCCAUACCCUACCUCGACUUCGGGGACGAGAUCGUGACCGCCCUCGAGCUGAAGAACGCCCUCGAGCCGAAGAUCGUGAUCGUGAUCGUCAUCGCCGCCGACGUCGUUCUGUAUCCCCACUUCCUUCUGAUCCUUUGCCUGUGGGACCUUCUCCUUCGACUCCAUUGCCUCCGGGACGUUCGGAUUCCAUCUCGACCGGCAACACAAUUCCACCUCCGGCUGUCUCCAAGCACACCGGCCGACCUCUCGUCAAGGCGCGGCCGCAACUUCCUCCUCCACGUACCACAGUGGCGACGACCGGCAGAUCCCGUAGUCGGCGUCGUCGCCGCGACCGCGCUGACCGAGAUCGUGAUGAUCGCGAUCGUUCCCGAGGAGCACGUGAAGCCUCACACCGCGAGCGUGACCGUGACCGACAUCGACGU